AUGUCUUCAAGCUGGGUUUGGACGGCUGCUGGGUACUUUAUUAUGUCAAUAACGCGAACUCUAAAAACCCUGACAACGGCUAGUCCCGUCUGUCGUCAAGUAGCCAGCAGUUCAAGGCCUGCUACCGUGCGUGACGCCACCGUGUUUGUGUCGCAGCGAUCGAUUUUCGGACUAAUCAGCUGCCAGUUGUUCUCCACGAGUUCCAGCGCCAUGGAGGACAUCACCAACAUCCACUACGGUCCACUGCCGGCGGAUUCGCCGUACGUAAAGCCGUUCCGGUUCUACUACACGCAGAAUGGGAAGCAGAAGAACUGGGACCUGCUGAAGGUGCACGACUCGGUGUCGAUUGUCAUCUUCAAUGUCACGCGCCAGAAGCUGGUCUUUGUGAAGCAGUUUCGACCAGCGGUCUACCACGGGUUGGUGAGUGCGGAAGCGGGUGAGGAUGGUCGCAGUAUCGAUAUGAAAAAGUUUCCACCGAGUCUGGCGGUGACCUUGGAGCUGUGCGCUGGGAUCGUGGACAAGCCGAUUCCGUGGGUGGAUAUUGCGCGGGAGGAAGUGCUGGAGGAGUGCGGGUAUGACGUGCCGUCUGCGCGGAUUGAGGAGAUUAUGAGCUACCGGUCCGGGGUGGGAACUUCCGGGUCGUUGCAGACGCUGUUUUACGUGGAGGUUAAGGAUGAGGAUAAGGUGCCGGCGGCCGGGGGAGGAGUGGAUGACGAGCUGAUCGAGGUGGUGGAGUACUCGCUGGAGGAGGCGCGCAAGCUGACGGCCAAGGGGAACGUGCUGACCAGCCCGCCGUCGUUCCUGUUUGGGGUGUUGUGGUUCCUGACGAACCGGGCACCGCCAGCGAAGGCUUAGGUGGUGGGAUGUGAUAUAAAUGGUAACAAAUACCUUUUGGAAAAUAAAUGAGAUUUAUUUGUUUUGAA